CCGAACAGGAGAUAGAGUGGCAUGAAAUACUUUUCAUACAAACUGACGCAGGAUGUUUAGCUGGGUGGUGAAAGUUGUUCCUCACCCUCCCGAACCACCCCGACCCCUGGGAGAGGAUGUGAAGCCGGAGCCUGAGCCCACACCACCCCCUCCUGUGCCGGUAAAGAAACCUGUUGAAGUGAAAGAGAAAGUUUCCCAACCCCAAAAUAUUACAGCUAAACCAGCCGAGAAGCCAUCAGAACCAGCAGAGAAGCCAUCAGAAUCAGCAGAGAAUCCAUCAGAACCAGCAGAGAAUCCAUCAGCAGUGUCUGCAGAGGAAAAGAGUGCUUCUGGAGGGGUGUUGAGUUGGUUCUCCCAGGGGCUGGACAGUGUGUUGCCCAAGCCAGUGGACAGUCUGAGGCUGCCCAGGGCCAAUGCAGAGACAGAGCAGCAAACCAAACAAGAGGAACAGAAAAAUGUGUCUCAGGCCAAGGAGAAUGCAGCAGCCACAACUAGCGAACCAGAAGAAGAGCAGGGCGGGGUCUUCAGCUGGAUAGUGCAGGGACUGGCCAAGGUGGUCCCCCAGCCCGAGGACAGGUAUAAAGAGUCUGAAGAGGAGGAGAACCCCACAGAAGUGGAAACAGCCAAAGAAGAAGAAAUGCCACCUCCGCCAGUGGAAGGCGACUGUCUGGUUGUUCGUUCACUUGCAGAACCGGGAAUUCAGAUUAUCGAGGUAGUGUCGGUGUCGGAGGUUUCAAAAGACGCCGUGUCAGAAAUCGACAAUACAGCUCAGACUAUCCCUUCCUUCACAGCAAGCACGGCCAGCCUGUUCAGCUGGUUCAAACAGGGACUUGAGAAGGUGGUGCCCCAGCCUGCAGAGCUGCACGCGCCUCUCAACACGGAGGCUGCGCAGAAGCAGAAGCCGGCAGAAAAGAAGGAAGAAGCACAUACAGCUGAACCAGAAGCGCCAGCAAAGAAAACGGAAGUAAAGGAGCCGCCCCCACCUGUUAAAGGUAUAAGAGCUGCACAGGAGAACUGCAGGGCUGAUACCCCGACAGAGGCAGCACCACCCGCAGAGCCAGCGAAAGUCUCGGAAGAAGCUUCUAAACCAACCAGUGUUGUAAGCUGGUUUGUUCAAGGGUUCGAGAAGGUUGUUCCACAACCAGUGAUGAGAUCCAAGCAGGACAGGACAGAGGAGAAAGAUGAUGGACUUUCAAGUCAAGUGCGACAAAUCUCUAUCCUCCCGGAGACUGUGGAGGAUAUUGUGAUGGAGGAGGUGGACUCGGACUGGGAGAAUGAAAAACAAGAAGAGCCCGAGGGACAGCUGACCCAACUGGAGCCUGAAAAAAUCCCAGCUGAGCCCGUGCAGGAGCCGGAACAGGAGGGCCAGCAAGAGCAAAUGCAGGAGGAGGACACAGAGACCCUGGCAGAGCAACACCAGCAGCCACAGAAACCACCGAUUCAGACUUGCAUAGUGGAGCUGGAAGACGCAGAGACGCAGACAGAGAGGUGGACACCUCUCCUCCAACAGCAACAAGCAGAGGCCACUGAGGAAAAAAGUCAAGAAGAGAAGGCGGAGACAGAGCACUCUGAGGAAGAAGAGUUACAGGUUACAUACGAGCAGAGUGAGGAUGAGGAGGGGAUCUUAGAGUGCUUGGUAGACGUGUGCCCAGCCGAGGGCUUCCCCAGCCCUGUUAGAGAGAAGCCAGGACACAAAGUCAAAGUUGUCCAAGAGGAAGAGCCAGUAAGGUUACCUGAACCAAUACAGGAAGUGGAGCCAGAGCAGGAAGUGGAGAUAUCACAAGAACCAGAGCCAAUAGAGGAAGUGGAACCAGAGCCAGAAAAGGAAGUUGGGCCUGUAGAAUCAGUGAAGGAGCCUGAGCCAGAAAAAGAAGAAGAAACACAACCAGAGCCAGAACCAGAAAAGGAAGUUGAGCCAGUAGAAUCAGUGAAGGAGCCUGAGCCAGAAAAAGAAGAAGAAACAGAACCAGAGCCAGAACCAGAAAAGGAAGUUAGGCCAGUAGAACCAAUGAAGGAGCCGAAGCCAGUAAAAGAAGAAGAAACACAACCAGAGCCAGAACCAGAAAAGGAAGUUGGGCCAGUAGAACCAGUGAAGCUGCCGGAGCCAGUAAAAGAAGAAGAAACACAACCAGAGCCAGAACCAGAAAAUGAAGUUGGGCCAGUAGAACCAGUGAAGCUGCCGGAGCCAGUAAAAGAAGAAGAAACAGAAAAGGAAGAAGUAGUUGCACGUCCUGUGUCCACUGAGCAGGAAGAAGAAUCGCAGGUGAUUGAAGAGGAGUGUGACGUUAUGCCUAAGCGCAACCCAGACCUGGAGUUAGACCACCUAGUCCGUGAAUCACCCCAACUCCCUCAGAGCCCUUCCCCCUCCUCCCCCAGCAGCAUGCAAGAGCUCCCCAACGUCCCGAGAUACCAGGCCCGCAGCCCCCGCCUGCACCCCCUCGGAGUCCAGAGCCAGGUGUCAGGGGUGGUGAACCCCGGCUUCUCCAAGGAAGAGCGCCCCCCCGGCCGCCUAAGAGAGGGCUCCAAAGUUCACCCGGCUGUAAACGUAGAAGAUGUAGACUCUCCCGGAUCUCUCGCGCUCCCGUCCAUAGUUCACCUGCCGUCAGCGCACUCGAGCACAACCCUGACCGUGCCUGGGUUCCCUGCCGCAGCCAGGAGAAAGAAGCUGUUUUCCCAAGGCGACAGUGUGGAAGAGACCGAGAUUACAAUCAAAGCCUGGCUCAGUCAAUGCAGCCUGCAACCAGAGGAGGAAGAUCGGGCAUCGUCUGUGACCAGCCAGACCAGCGCCAUCGUGAACGAGAGGCUCCAGGAGCUGGUCAAGUUGUUUAAGGGCCGAACAGAAAAAGUGAAGGAGAAGCUGAUCGACCCCGACAGCAGCUCAGAUGAGGAGAGCCCCUCUGCAUCUCCCGCGAAGAAAGCUCCACCACCUCCCCCCCCUCCCGAGGAGAAGAAAGAAGAGGAGGAAGAGGAGCAUUACUGCGAGAUGCUGUGCUGCAAAUUCAAGACCAUGCCCUGGAUGAUGCGGCUGAAGGAAUACCGCUUCCCCGCGAGUAUCGACCCCUACACCAAUCUGAUGUACGUGCUGUGGCUGUUCUUUGUGACCUUGGCCUGGAACUGGAACCUAUGGCUGAUCCCCGUGCGGUGGGCGUUCCCCUACCAGACUCCCGAUAACCUUUACCUGUGGCUGCUCAUGGACUACCUGUGUGACCUCAUCUACAUCCUGGAUAUCUUCAUCUUCCAGGCCCGCCUGCAGUUUGUGCGCGGCGGGGACAUUAUCACUGACAAAAAGGACAUGAGAGAAAAUUAUAUGAAAUCAUACAGAUUCAAGAUGGACGUGAUUUCCCUUUUCCCCCUGGAUCUGCUGUAUUUGAAGCUGGGUGUGCUGUCAGUCCUACGAUUCCCACGGUUAUUAAAAUAUAGCGCCUUCUACGAGUUUAACGACCGUCUCGAGGCAAUUCUGAGUAAAGCAUACAUUUACAGAGUUAUCAUAACGACGGGCUAUUUGCUGUACUGCCUGCACUGCAACGCCUGCCUCUUUUACUGGGCGUCGGACUACGAAGGACUUGGAUCAACAAAAUGGGUUUAUGACGGAGUGGGAAACAGUUAUAUCCGCUGUUACUACUUUGCCGUGAAGACUCUGAUCACCAUUGGGGGGCUGCCCGACCCAAAGACCCUCUUCGAAAUCAUCUUCCAGCUCCUGAACUACUUCAUCGGAGUGUUCGCUUUUUCCGUUAUGAUUGGUCAGAUGAGAGAUGUGGUUGGCGCAGCGACUGCAGGGCAGACUUAUUACAGAGCCUGCAUGGACAGCACCAUCAACUACAUGAACUUGUACAAGAUCCCUCGCAGUGUUCAGAAUCGGGUCAAGACCUGGUACGACUACACCUGGCAGUCCCAGGGCAUGCUGGAUGAGCAGGAACUGCUGGUGCAGCUCCCUGAUAAGAUGAGACUGGACAUCGCUGUCGAUGUCAAUUACCAGAUCGUAGCAAAGGUGGCGCUCUUUGAGGGUUGUGACCGACAGAUGAUUUAUGACAUGCUGAAGAGGUUGAAGUCAGUGGUGUACCUGCCGGGGGAUUUUGUCUGUAAGAAGGGGGAGAUUGGAAGGGAGAUGUACAUCAUCAAAGCCGGGGAGGUGCAGGUGGUAGGGGGUCCGGAUGGGAAGACCGUCUUUGUUACACUGCGAGGCGGAUCUGUCUUCGGGGAAAUCAGCCUGCUGUCUGUAGGAGGAGGGAACAGGCGCACAGCUAAUGUGAUGGCACACGGUUUCGCCAACCUCUUCAUCCUGGACAAAAAGGACCUGAACGAGAUUCUCAUCCACUACCCCAAAUCUCAGAAGGUGCUGCGCAGGAAGGCCAAAAAAAUGCUAACCAAAGAUACCAAAAAGGCAGAGAUGGAUGAGCCGAAGGGGGUACAGCACGUGAUCCCUCCUAGACCCGAGACCCCCAAACUCUUAAAAGCUGCACGCGCACUCACCCUUCAAACCAGAAAGAGCCGGUCCUUCAGCAAGCUCAAAAUGAUGAAAUCCAGCUCUGUGGAGCCCUCCAGCUCGGUGCCCGUGCCACCUGCCUCCCCAAUGCACCGCCGCUGUCCCGUCCCACAGACCAGGCCGGGGGAUGAUGACGCGGAUACGGAGAACAUGGUGUUGGAGACCGCAGACGGUUCCAUGGUGCUCCGUAUGAGCCCUUCACACAGAGGCGAGGAGCAGGUCCUGACUGUGGAAGAGGUGCCCAAAGAGACAGAGGACCCCAAGCAAUAAGCACCAGCCUUUGGAAGAGGGGGGCGGGGGGGGGCGGGGGACAAAACCAUUCACUGUGCUUGGCAAUGAUUCACACGCUGCAGGGAGAUCGGCCGUUGUCCGCUGCUGCGUUGAGUGCAGAUUUGAACUCACUCAAUGCUGUGUCGCAGUGCUUCAGCGCAGCCUCCAAUAACAGCAUUGUAACUGCGGUCGUGAACUGCAGCUACAGCGUGGUUAACCCUAAACUUACAGGGAGUGCCUCAGUUCAUCUUAACAGUUAUUUGUCCCCAUUUAUAUAUAUAAAAGUACAGUGUUGCAUUUCCAAUGAGAAAAAAAAAUGUAGCAGGACUCCUAAAACUCACUUACUGAAUAGUAAGGGCUGCUUAUAUGGCAAUGUUGGGCACAGCUUAAAAUAAGCUCAGGCAUGUUUUUGUUUUGUUUCUGUUUUGGAUCUUGUUGUCCUGCAAAUAGCCUAAGCUGAACCUGCUGGAAGGCAGGCUGUGGGCAGCUGCUGCCUGUCAUCAAAACCAUGUGCGAUGUGGCUCCAAGUCUGGUGUUGUGCCACCUUAACGGCCUAUCUCUGAACCAAGGAACUCACUACCAAGCCAGGGAAACAAGACUCCAUUCUUACACCCUCGCUUCGCUGUGUAGUAACACAGUGCACUGUAUACUAAAGUACAAGCCUUCAGCUCGUCAAACUCUCAAAUGCUUUUUAAGUUGCCGUGUGGCAGUCCAUGUAGGUGGGCUUCUGAUAAUGUGAGAAUGAUCCCCAGUACCUACCCACCCUAUCUUUCUUUUGCAUUCGGCUCAAAGGGGGGGUUUCUUCGGGGUAGACAUUUCUGAGGGUGAAGUUUAAAAGGUACUCUUGUUAUACAGCUCAAAACACUUUGCAUAGUUAGUGGGUGGUGGAAGGCACAGCGCAAUGGGCUGAAGCAGGGGACCACCGUGCCCUGAGCAUGAUGCCUCACUGUCUUUCCUGAACAGGGCCAUGUUCAAGCACAGAAGCGUUAGCAGACAUUCCCCAACACUGGCGAGCUCUGCUUUCCAUCGACUCGCAUUCUGGAGCGAUCGUAAGCAAACAUGUUUGGCGCCUUCGUUCUGGUAGCUGGACGCAGCCCAGGUGCGCUGCUUUCAUUUCACUGCCACUCGGGACGGUGCUUUUUAAAGUAUUGGAAACACCAGAACUCAUUUCAAUACACUAUACUUCGAAACAGUGAAUUAGCAAGGAACUUUUUACUUUAUGCUUUUUGUGUUCAGUUCAAGUACUGUAGAGAGUCAAGGUAAAGGUUGUGCUGUAGGCUACAUGCAAACAUACAUUUAAAGUGUUCAGUCAGACCAAAUCUGAUAUGUGAAUAAUAAAAAUUGUGAAAUAAUAAAGGUGCACAGUGUCUCUAAAUCAUUCUAUGUUUGAAUAAAAGAAUAUAGUCUGCCCAGUAUUAUGAUACUGCAGUUUUUAUUUAUUUCGAUAUCUUUGGAAUAUAUUGCCAGGUCAUUCAGCACCAUGUUCUUUCUGAACACAAAAAAGACCAUUUGAGAAUGAACAUGGUGCCCUUUGUUUAACUAAUCUGACAUUGUCAAU